CACGCGCGCCGGUGAUGCCGCGGAACCACGGCAGCAGCAGCAGCAGCGGGGACGGACCGGGACCGGGACCACCAGGACCAGGACUUCAGAGACCCGGACCAGGACCUGGACCACCAGGACCAGGACCCGGACCACCAGGACCAGGACCCGGGUCCGGGAUCUGGACCCGGGACCUGGAGUGUGGCCCCCGGCCCCCCCGGGGGGUGCUGCUGAUGGAGGGUCUGCUGCUGCCCCCCCCCAUGGUCGGGGGCGCGCCCCCGGGCGCGCGCCUGUCCCUGCUGGGGAAGCCGCUGCUCUACAGCGCGCACGGGGGGCGCAGGAGCGCGCGCUCGCGCCGCCUGCAGAACUACCUGUACAACGUGCUGGAGCGGCCGCGCGCGUGGGCCUUCACCUACCACGCGCUCGUGUUCGUCCUGGUCUUCAGCUGUCUGGUUCUCUCUGUCUUCUCCACCAUCCCGGCCCACCAGGACUUCUCCUCCCACUGCCUGCUCAUCCUGGAGUUCGUGAUGAUCGUGGUUUUCGGGAUGGAGUACCUGGUCCGGAUCUGGUCGGCCGGCUGCUGCUGCCGGUACCGGGGUUGGCAGGGCCGGCUCCGCUUCGCCAGGAAGCCCUUCUGCGUCAUCGACAUCAUCGUGCUAAUAGCGUCCGUAGCCGUCGUCUCCGCCGGUUCUCAGGGAAACAUCUUCGCCACGUCCGUCCUGCGGAGUCUCCGGUUCCUGCAGAUUCUCCGGAUGGUCCGGAUGGACCGACGGGGCGGGACCUGGAAGCUGCUGGGGUCGGUGGUGUACGCGCACAGCAAGGAGCUGGUGACGGCCUGGUACAUCGGGUUCCUGGUUCUGAUCUUCUCGUCCUUCCUGGUUUAUCUGGUGGAAAACAAGUUCAACAAGGACUUUGCUACGUACGCGGAUGCUCUGUGGUGGGGAACGAUCACCUUGACAACCAUCGGUUACGGAGAUAAAACUCCAAAAACCUGGACUGGUCGGAUGUUGUCGGCCGGAUUUGCUCUGCUGGGGAUUUCAUUCUUCGCUUUACCAGCGGGCAUCCUGGGCUCCGGCUUCGCCCUGAAGGUCCAGGAGCAGCACCGACAGAAGCACUUUGAGAAGAGGAGGAACCCGGCGGCCUACCUGAUCCAGUGCGUUUGGCGCAGCUACGCGGCCGACGAGAACUCGGUUUCCAUCGCGACCUGGAAGCCUCACCUGAAGGCGCUGCACACCUGCAGCCCCACGAAUAGGAAGGAGCCGGGAGAGCCGGGAGAAUCCACCACCAGCCAGAAGCUGAGCUUCAGGAACCGGGUGAAGAUGGCGAGUCCUCGCGGCCAGAGCCUGAAGAACCGCCACACGUCCUCCAUGAGCGACCGGCGCUCCCCGGGGCCCGACGGCGGCCAUGACGGCGGCGCCAACGGCGGCCAUGACGGCGGCGGCAGCAGCCCGGUUAAAGUCCAGAAGAGCUGGAGCUUCAACGACCGGACUCGGUUCAGGCCGUCGCUCCGGCUCAAGAGCCAAAGCCAGAACCGCUCCGGCACCGACGCCGACUCUGGCGCCGGUGAAGACGGGUCAGAGGAAAAGUUCUGCCACUGCCGGAUCUCGGUGGAGGAUCUGGUGCCGUCGGUGAAGACGGUGAUCCGGGCCGUCCGGAUCAUGAAGUUCCACGUGGCCCAGAAGAAGUUCAAGGAGACGCUGCGUCCGUACGACGUGAAGGACGUGAUCGAGCAGUACUCAGCAGGACACCUGGACAUGCUGACCCGGAUCAAGAUCCUGCAGACCAGGGUGGACCAGAUCCUCGGUAAAGGCCAGAUUCCUCUGGAUAAGAAGAUCCGGGAGAAGCUGCUGUCGGACGGAGACCUGAUGGAGGACGUUAGCAUGCUAGGUCGCGUCUGCAAGGUGGAGCGCCAGGUCCAGUCCAUCGAGUCCAAGCUGGACUCCCUCCUGGACAUUUACCGCCAGGUUUUGCGUAACGGCUCGUCCUCCGGCGUCACGCUAGCCUCGCUGCCGCCGUUCCAGCCGGAGCCGACGUCCGACUACAACAACUCCGUCUUCGGCAACGACCCGCCCGGCGGCGGCUUCGCCAACCGCUCCUCGGCCCAACGAGGACUCCACCUCAUCCUGGCGCCGCCCGACGAGCUAGACCUCAACCUCAACGCCUCGACGCCGGAGAGCGGCACCGAGGACGUUAUCGGUAGCUCCCCGCCGCUCCUCACCCCCAACAGCACCGGCAGUUCUGGAUACCGAGGGGGGGACGCGGGGUUCCCUCUCCUGGCCCGGAUUCCUCCACCCCCUUCCUCCCAAACCGCUGGCCUAGCUAGCUACGGCCGAACAACCUCGAACGAAUUGUUGGGGCGAACAAACUCGAAUGAGGUGUUCGCCCCUGAGAUGGACGACUUCAUUGGGGGGGGCGGCGGCCUCGGGACUCUGGGACUGCACCUACGAAGGGAGGACGGACUUAACGCAAAGGGGGACGGCCCCUGGAGGAGACCCUGUAGCCUGGAGCUGGAGCCCCUGGUACCCCUGGAGCCCUUGGUACCCCUGGGACCCCAGGGACCGGCCAAGUCCCUGCUAGCGCAGGACCUAGCGCAGGACCUGGCCCACGUCCCCGUCCAUGAACCCCGCCACAGCCUGUCGUCUCCGAGCCCGAGCACCAGCGGCGACUCGCCCGUCGGCUUCCACAGCCGGAGCCAGUAGGGCCGCAACGAUUCGUCGACGUUGUCGACAAAAAUCGAUAAUCAAGAAUGUCGACGAUGAAUUCCAUUGUCUACAAUUGUCGCCAGACGGGUUUUUCCAACGGAGUGAGGCGUCUCGCUUCAGUACAAUCUCUGCCGAGAGUCAUGCAAUAGCACGAUAGCGUCUCUGCUAGCGGUAGCGGGUAAAACAAAAUGACGGCGUCCUGUAGAGCAGCUGCGGGUAAUAAUACUUCAAAAGUUCGGGAGCUUUUUAGCCUCGAUACGACGAAUAAAAAGAUUACUUGCAAGGUUUGCAAAGCAGACCUUGCUCAUCACGGGAGCACGUCGCUAACGCACGAGCAUUUGAAGAGAAAGCACGUCGGACAGUUGAACGAAACGGACUCACCUUGGUGAGAUAUUAAGCGUAUUUUGGCUUUAAAAGAGCUUUAACGUUACGCCUGACUGUGCCUGACAAAAGUAUUUUAAAUGAAAUGCAUGCAGUCCGAAGAAGUUGAAUAAAAUAUCUAUUUUUCACUGAAGUCGCCAUCUUUCUUGUGUUUAAUAUCAUUUGCCACAUAAUUAAAGCAAACUCAUACUAA